CUUCGCUUCGGUUUUCUUCCUCGUGCGCGAACUGUCCGUCUGGAUUUGGGUGUUUGCUUAUUCUUAGUGACUGUGGAUUAUUCGCUCGUUUGCUUUCUAUCUCUGCAUAUCCCUUGACCAUGUCGCACGAUAUCACCACCACCAUCGAGUCGGAACCACGCGAUGACUCGGAAGAUGUGCGCAGCUGGGCCGGGGAUUUCGACCCGUUGGCCGACCAAGAUGAACGCCGUGUGCUGUUCGCAGCUUUGGAUUCCUUCAGACAAUAUCGGAGGACAGCGCAUAUGAACACCACGCACCGGCGACGACAAGCAUUCUAUGCGCUUCCCUCGGCGCAUUGGCAGAUGCUCGCCGAGCCUCCCUUCUCCAUCCUGGAGAACUUCAACCGGGUGGACGACGCCAUUGACGUGAACGCGGAGAUAGCCGACGCGAUCCUAGCCACUGGCCUGUCGUCCUUUGGCCUGGCGCCCGAUCCCCACCCGGCAGACCCCCGGGGCAAUUGGCACGGGACGGCAACCACCUCUGAUGUCAACAAGGCCCAUUCGACGCUGAGGCAAUUCUACCGCGACUGGAGCGCUGAAGGCCGAGCCGAGCGAGAGCUCUGCUACGACCCGGUCAUCCAGGACUUGCGGACCGAGUUCGGGGUGCGCGUCGCUGCCGGCCAGGAGAUCAGGGUGCUGGUCCCCGGGGCCGGCCUGGGUCGUUUGGUCUUUGAUCUCGCGCGGGCAGGCUUUUCUCCCGAAGGAAACGAGAUCUCCUACCAUCAGCUCUUGGCCAGUAGCUGGGUCUUGAACCACACUCUCGGUACGCAGAAGCAUUCGCUCUAUCCGUUUGCCCUGCACUUCUCGAAUCUGUUGUCUCGGGAGCAACAGCUGCAGACCGUGAGGAUCCCCGACCAACAUCCGGGCACGGUGAUGGCGGAAUCGCAGGGCAACCCGGAGGCGCCUCGGUUCGGGCAGAUGAGCAUGUCUGCCGCCGACUUCGUGGUGCUCUACCGGCAGCCCGACAACCGGGAGGCAUUCGAUGCGGUGGCCACCGUCUUCUUCAUCGAUACGGCACCGAAUCUGAUCCGGUAUAUCGAAACGAUCCACCACUGUCUGAAGGCCAACGGGCUGUGGAUCAACACCGGGCCGCUGCUGUGGCAUUUUGAGGACGGGGCCAACCGCAGCCACGAAAACAGCCACGAUCCGCAGGACCAGGGGAUCAGCGAGCCCGGGAAUGUGGAGUUGACGGAGGCCGAAGUGUUCUGCCUCGUGGAGCGGAUGGGCUUUGUGAUCGAGCAGCGCCAGCCAGCGCACGAACGGCCGUUGUGUGGGUACAUCCAGGACCCCAACAGUAUGCUGUUGCCUUUGUACCGGCCAUCGCAUUGGGUGGCGCGCAAGAAAAGUGAUUAGUAGAGCGGUGUCCUUCUUUUUAUCUUUAUUUUUAUUUUUAUUUCUUUCCUUUAUCUUCGCAUUGCUGGAUAUCUCAAAAGUCUCCCAGUAUAGACAAAAGAAU